AGCAGGAGCCGCUCUUAGGCGACCGCACACCCGGAAGCAGGAUUUUCUAUUGUGAUAAUGUCAAUAUGGCCCUAUCUCCAAAAGAUUGACAGGACAGCUGAUACAAGUUUUUUGGGCUGGGUUAUUGCUUCAUUUAGUCUUGGCCAAAUGGUAGCUUCACCUAUAUUUGGUUUGUGGUCUAAUUAUAGACCAAGAAAAGAACCUCUCAUUGUCUCCAUCUUCAUUUCGGUGGCAGCCAACUGCCUCUAUGCAUAUGUGCACGUCCCAGCUUCUCAUAAUAAAUACUACAUGUUGGUUGCUCGUGGAUUGGUGGGAUUCGGAGCAGGAAAUGUGGCAGUUAUUAGAUCAUAUAUUGCUGGUGCUACUUCCCUUCAGGAAAGAACAAGUUCCAUGGCAAAUACAAGUGCAUGUCAAGCAUUAGGUUUUAUUCUAGGUCCAGUUUUUCAGACCUGUUUUGCACUCAUUGGAGAAAAGGGCGUGACAUGGGAGACUAUACAGCUUCAGAUAAACAUGUAUACAGCACCAGUUUUACUUGGCGCCUUCCUUGGAGUUUUAAAUAUUAUUCUGAUCCUUUUUAUAUUAAGAGAACAUCGUGUGGAUGACUCAGGACGACAGUGUAAAAAUAUUAAUUUUGAAGAAGCAAGUACAGAUGACAUUCAUAUUCCCCAGAGAAAUAUUGAUCAAGUGGCUGUAGUGACUACCAAUGUUCUGUUUUUCGUGGUCCUAUUUAUCUUUGCCCUUUUUGAAACCAUCCUUACUCCAUUAACAAUGGAUAUGUAUGCCUGGACUCGAGAACAAGCUGUAUUAUAUGAUGGAAUAAUACUUGCUGCUCUUGGAAUUGAGGCUGUUAUUAUUUUCAUGGGAGUUAAAUCACUUGCCAAAAAGAUUGGUGAGCGUGCUAUUUUAUUGGGAGGACUUGUCAUCAUAUGGAUUGGCUUCUUUAUCUUGUUACCUUGGGGAAAUCAAUUUCCCAAGAUACAGUGGGAAGAUUUACAUAAUCAUUCAAUUCCUAAUACUACCACAUUUGGGGAAAUUAUUAUUACUCUUUGGCGGUCUCCAAGAGAAGAUCAGAGUGAAGGACCAACUGGUUGCCCAAUUGAACAAGCCUGGUGCCUCUACACCCCCAUGAUCCAUCUAGCCCAGUUCCUCACAUCAGUUGUGCUAAUUGGAAUAGGCUAUCCAUCCUGCAAUGUUAUGUCAUACACAUUAUAUUCAAAAAUUUUGGGACCAAAACCUCAGGGUGUGUACAUGGGCUGGUUAACAGCUUCUGGAAGUGCAGCACGGAUUCUUGGACCCGUGUUCAUCAGCCAAGUGUACACUUCCUGGGGCCCACGAUGGGCAUUCAGCCUUGUGUGUGGAAUGGUUGUGCUCACCAUCACACUCCUGGGAGUGGUUUACAGAAGACUCGUUGCUUUUUCUGUAAGACAUGGAAGGAUUCAAGAGGAACCUAGCUAACUAACACUGGGAUGCACAGUACUUGCUGUGUGAACUUCCUUUACUAAGGCUCUGCCAGACAGUUGCUAUGAGUCAGUUUCCAAAAGUCAGGCUUCAGGUAUUAUAUAUUUUGAAAAGCAAGAGAAUAUAUUGAAUAACACGGAAUUCUAUGAGUAACUGAAUAGUAAGAUAAUAUAAAAAAACAUUCUGGGUCAAUUUCUUUAUCUCAAAAAAGAAAUAUUCUUCACUCAGCACCUUUGGGGGUUACAUGAAUUCCUGAGUGAAUGAGCAAUGGUCUAUAAAUGGGAAACUAUUUUUUUUCUCCGAACUGCAGAGGUAUCACUUAAAACAAUGAGAGGAUAUCUAUGCAGUGGAACCACAGUAAAGUUCUAGAAGAAUUAUGUAUAACAGAGUGAAAUUAUAGCAACGGUUUACCUAAAUAGUAGGUAUCUUGACCAAAUCAAAGAUACCUACUUUUUAUUUAUUUAAAAUGCAUUUUCUGUUACUAUCAAGUUCCCUUAUGAAAUAAAUAUCAUGACUCUUAAAUUUUCCACUUACUAUGCCUCCCAUCCUACC